AUAAAUAAAAAGAAAAAAAGAAUGAGAAAGUGCACCAUGUCCAAUGUCCAUGGUUUGGUAAUUGGCGUUUUAUAAAGCGGCACUGCAAAUUCUUAAUCCCAAUUUCUUGUUUCUCUCACUCGCGUUCUUCUCCGAUCAGUUUCGGUUUCGCCGCCGAUUUGCGUCACUGAUCGGCGUUUCCCAGGGUUUUAAUUGUCGUCCAAUUUUCGGGUGUGGUACGUUUCUCGAUCGAAACUUUUUGUUAAGUCAUUUUUUCAUCGUUUUUGUUGGCUUUCUUCCGGCGAAGAGAGGAGAAGAGAAGAAUCCUUGCAUUCCGAUUGAUUGUUUGCUUCAGAUCUGGGAGUUUAUGGUGGGAGAUUUGUGUUGACUUUGAUUUAGGGUUUUCUUUGUUGAAUUAGGGUUGGGAUUUCGUGUUUAAUUACUGGUGAUGUCUUUUUGGGGGAAUUAGGUUUUUUUGGUCUUCUUUUGGCUGGAUGGAACCGGGCACGAGAAUAGCUAACCCUUCAGGGGUCGUGGUUAAGAAUAGGAGCUCUUCGGGUUGCUUGAUUGUUAGAAAGAAAGGAGAUGGUUUGGGUGGUGACUCUUCUAGUUCGCGGAAACAGUAUGAAUCUAAGAAAGUGAGGAAAAAGGUCAAGGAAGAGUCAAGUGAUUCAGAAUCAAGCGGGGAGUUACUUAUGCCGCCUGUUAGGAGGCCCGGUCCUGAGACAAUCCGAGUAUGUAAUAGUUUGAGUGCUAUUGAGCGAGGUGGUAAUGUUGGGAGCAGUGAAAUUAGUAGGAAGAGGGAGCGAAUGGAGCAAAUUAGGCGUAAUGGUGAUGACAUGGUUGAGGGGAAUGGCUUGGAGAGGAGGGACAAGAAAGUUAAGUUGGAAGUGUUUGAUUUUGAUGAAUAUGACGUAGCGGGUGCGGAAAGGAUGAGAAGGAGGCAAUUUGAUGGUGAUGGGGUUAGUUUAGGUGGAGGAAGGUUUAUGGGAACAAUGCAUUCUGGUAGAGGUAGCAUUGAUAGGGAAUUUGAAAGUGGUUCAAGCAGACACAUUGUGGAUAAGAGAAAAAGUACCUAUCAUGACAGAGCAAGUGGAUCGUAUCUCGGAGAUAGUGUUGACCAUAGUAGGAUAAAGGUGAAAAGGGAAGGAACUCAGCAUCCUCCAUCGUUGUUGAAGGAGAAGUUUAACUCUGAUGAGUCCAUUAGGGUUCAGGGGAAAAAUGGUGUUUUGAAGGUGAUGGUCAAUAAGAAGAAGACGGGUGGAUCAGUAGAACACUAUGAACAUCGGAAACCAGUAGAAAGUAGACAUAGUGGAAGGGCCGAGGGCACUUCUAAGAGGAAUAUUCCGAUACAACCUUCGUCACGCUUAGAAACAAAAUCUGCCGAAAAACAGGGCGUACUUGUUAGGCCGGAGAAGAAACAGAUAACAAGAAAAUCACUCUCAAGCAAGGAGGACAGUAAGGGCGAUGAGCAGGAUUCCGAUAACAAUGAUACAUCAAUGAAUCUGGAAGUAAAAAAUAUUAAAGCUCACACAUCUUCAAAAAAGAUUACUUCUGAAAAUGAACAGACUCCUGUACAUGACAAGCUCCCAACAACAAAAUCGAGUGAAGGGAAAAUCAGGCGAGGUAGUGGCACAGAAAAGCAGAAACUAAGAGAACAAAUACGGGAAAUGCUUCUGAAUAAAGGCUGGACCAUAGACUAUCGCCCACGAAGGAAUAGAGACUAUUUAGAUGCAGUUUACAUUAAUCCUGGGGGAACAGCUUAUUGGUCCAUCAUCAAGGCCUAUGAUGCACUUCAAAAGCAAUUGAUUGAGGAUGACCAAGAGGCCAAGGCCAAAGGGGCGAGUUCUUCUUUUGCUCCUAUCGCUGAUGAUGUGCUCAAUCAAUUGACAAGGAAAACUAGGAAGAAGAUGGAGAAAGAUUUAAAGAUGAAGAAGAAGAAGCAAAGAGCUGAUGACAAUGAUAGUGGAAAAGAACGGCAGAUUAAAAGAACUGCUGGCAAAAAGCAUCAUAUGAAUGGCAAUGAUAGUGAUAGCAAUGAAGAUAAGCUAAGCUCCUUUAUCAAGCAAGGAGGUAAAUCAGUGAAAACUAAAUUGCCUGAAAUUUCUGUUACCGGCGGUAGCUCUAAAAGCCAGAAUGCUACAACUGAUAAAUCAUUUUCUGAAAGUGAUCCCAAGCUCCUACAUGGAAGGAAAAGUAGAAAACAUGGAAGGUGCACUCUAUUAGUUCGUAGUUCUAACAAGGGAUUGAAUUCCGAAUCGGAUGACUUUGUUCCAUAUACGGGAAAGCGAACAGUGCUUUCCUGGUUAGUUGACUCGGGGGUAGUACAGGUAAGUCAAAAGGUUCAGUAUCGCAGGAGGAAGCGAGUAAUGCUGGAGGGAUGGAUCACAAGAGAAGGCAUUCACUGUGGCUGCUGUAGUAAGAUCCUUACGGUUUCAAAGUUUGAGCUUCAUGCAGGAAGCAAAUUGCCACAACCAUAUCAAAACAUAUAUUUAGAUUCUGGAGUUUCUCUUCUACAAUGUCAGAUAGAUGCGUGGGAAAAACAAGAGAAUUCUGGGAAAAUCAGUUUCCAUUCGGUAGAUGUUGAUGGUAAUGAUCCAAAUGAUGAUACCUGUGGUAUAUGUGGAGAUGGAGGGGAUUUAAUCUGUUGUGAUGGUUGUCCAUCAACGUUUCAUCAGAGUUGCUUGGAUAUACAGAUGCUUCCCCCUGGGGAUUGGCAUUGUCCAAAUUGCACCUGUAAAUUUUGUGGACUAGCCAGUGGAAGUAUUGACAAAGAAGAUGAUGCAACUGUAUAUGCCCUACAGACUUGUGAUUUGUGCGAGAAAAAAUAUCAUGACUGCUGUACUAAGGAUGUGAGUGCCCUGCAUGCCAACUCCAAUAUGUCAGGGCAUUCCUUUUGUGGAAAAAGUUGCAAAGAGCUUUUUGAGCACUUGAAGAAGUACCUUGGUACCAAGCAUGAACUUGAUGCAGGCUUUACAUGGUGUCUUGUUCGUAGAACAGACAAUGAUUCGGAGGCAGCUAGUAGGGGUGUUACCCAGAGGGUGGAAUGCAACUCCAAGCUGGCUGUUGCACUGACUGUGAUGGACGAAUGCUUUUUACCUGUUGUUGAUAGAAGGAGCGGGAUCAAUUUAAUCCAUAAUAGUUUAUAUAAUAGCGGGUCAAAUUUCAAUCGGUUGAAUUACACUGGCUUUUAUACUGCUAUUUUGGAGCGGGGGGAUGAGAUAAUAUCUGCAGCAUCUAUCAGGUUCCAUGGGACUAAGUUAGCAGAAAUGCCAUUCAUUGGAACUCGCCAUAUAUAUAGGCAUCAGGGAAUGUGCCGCCGGCUUUUUUCUGCCAUUGAACAUGCUCUCUGCUCUUUGAAGGUUGAGAAACUGGUCAUUCCUGCAAUUUCUGAACUUGUUCAUACAUGGACAACAGCGUUUGGCUUCACACAUCUCGAGGAAUCACUCAGGCAAGAAAUGAGGUCAUUGAAUAUGUUGGUAUUCCCUGGUAUUGAUAUGUUACAGAAGCUUCUAGUGGAGCAAGGAAAACUUGAUGGUAAUACAACUGAUGAAGAUGCUGAGCAAUUCGAGAAUGGCGGCGUGGUUUCUGUUAAUCCCACUGUGGUCAAUAGGUUAGGUAUUGAUUCUUUGGCUUUGCAAGAUCCCCAUGAAAGUGAGGAUGCUAGCUCCAAUCCUGCCAAUAAGAUUAACACUGAAUGCAGUGAUGCUUCUCAAGAUAUAAGCAGUCAAGGUUUGACUGGCAGGACUGUAUGCUCCAAAUCUCAUUCUGAAGAAAGAUUAUCUGAUUCUGUUUCAGAAAACUGUGCUUCUCCUUCUAAUUCUAGUCAUGGCGUACUCAAAAAGAAAAAGAAAAUAUCGACAUCUUCUCCUAUCGAUGAUAUGUCACCCAAAUGUCUACUCAUUUCACCAAAUGGCAAAUCUACAAAUGGCCUUCCAUCGGAUCCCUCAGAUUGCCAUGAACUUCCAGCUUUGUGUCAAGCUACUGCGUGUUCUGACCUAGGUACCAUAAAAAUUGAACCUGUUUCUGACGGGAAACUCCAUGCUAUUACCGAUAUGAAUUGUGGUUUGCCGGGGCUUGCCCGAAAUCCUGUGUUGGAUUCUCAAGUGGUGGAUAAUGCUUUUCCUUCUAAAGAGUUUGAUAUGAAUGAUGCCCAAGUUGAGGUUCUUGAAGUUGGUCUUUUAGUCAAUUCAUCUCAAGGGAACAAUAUCAAAGAGAAUAAUGAAAAUGUAGAUUACUCUGGUUCUGCUCUUAAUAAUGCUUUCACUGAUAUGGACUCACCAGAACUUGACCAAAAUUCUGUGUUGGAUUCUAGAGUGGCGAAUAAUGCUUUGUCUAUUAAAGAGUUUGAUAUGAAUGAUGCCCCUGUGGAGGUUCUUGAAGCUGGUCCUUUAGUGAAUUCAUCUGAAGAGAACAAUGCCAAAGUGAAUAAUGAAAAUGUAGAUGACUCUGGUUCUGUUCUUAAUCAUGCUUUCACUGAUAUGAAAAGUGGCUCACCAGGACUUGACCAAAAUCCAGUGUUGGAUUCUUGUGUGGUGGACAAUGUUUUGUCUUUUAAAGAGGUUGAUAUGAAUGAUGCCCAUGUUGAGGUUCUUGAAGCUGGUUCUUUAGUGAAUUCAUCUCAAGGGAACAAUACCAAAGAGAACAAUAAAAAUGUAGAUGUCUCUGAUUCUGUUCUUAAUCACACUUUCACUGCUAUGAAUAGUGAUUCUCCAGGGCUUGACCAAAAUUCCGUGCUGGAUUCUCAAGUGGCUGAUAAUGCUUUGUCUUUUAAAGAGCUUGAUAUGAAUGAUGCUCAUGUCAGGGUUCUUGAAGCUGGUCCUUUUGUGAAUUCAACUCAGGGGAACAAUACCGAAGAUAAUGAAAAUGUAGAUGUCUCUGGCUCUGCUCUUAAUAACGCUUACACUGAUAUGAAUAGUGAUUCUCCGGGGCUUGACCAAAAUCCUGUGUUGGAUUCUCAACUGGCGGAUAAUGCUUUGUCUUUUAAAGAGUUUGAUAUGAAUGAUGCCCGUGUUGAGGUUCUUGAAGCUGGUCCUUUAGUGAGUUCAACUCAGGGGAACAAUACUGAAGAGAAUAAUGAUAAUGUAGAUGUCUCUGGCUCUAUUCUUAAUCAUGCCGGUGAGAGUUCCUGGCAUGUAAGAUCUGAUUUGAAUGGUAAAAUUGCCCACGAGGUCGAAAAGAAAUCACAUUUGGACUCAAAAGUUGCUUCAAAUGAAAUGCACUUUGAUGAAACUGGCCCAAAUGCUUCUGGUAAUAGUACCAAGACUGAUCGAGCAUUGAAUGGUUGAGUCUAACACUGCUGAUGUCUUCCGUUCUACAGCUCAUGCAACUCUUAAACAAUUUUUCAUUCAAAGAUUCAAUGCCUUAAUAUGCAAUCAUUUUUCAAGGCUUUGGAACUUUUAUGUCAUGCUUUAAUCUGGAGAGUCUGAAAAGGUUAUAUAGAUUUCAAGGGAAAUAGUAGUGGGUCCCUUGCGUUGUUGUUUAAGUAUGAAUUUUCUCAAAGUUCUAAGUUGACUUCAUUCCAUGAGAAUGUUUCUUCUGCCAAAAUGCUUAAAGGUUGCUUUUGGUUCAAGUUCUGUGUCCAUAUGGGUCGAUCGGGUGAAGAUGCUUUUCCUGUAAUGUGCACUCAUCCUUCAUAGGUUCAUACCCAGGCAAAUCUUUGACUGUAUUAUAUAUAUGAUAUAAUAUAUGGUUCUUGUUGUUUGUAUCUGAAAAAAAUCUGGUGGCUUCAAUUUGACUUCCUUUUCAAGCCUUGUGUGCGCUAUUGACAAAUUUUUCCAUAGCAACUCAUUACAUGGCAUCAGAAGUCACAUAUACUUAGAACAAUUUUUGUUUGUUCUUUUAUGAUACUUUUAUUUUUAUUUACUUGUCUACUAUAUUUAUUUUUGACGAGACAUAGAUGGUACCAAGAAAUUAUGUUUUUCCAACCCUCACAUUGUUAUCGCCAGUCUGCCCAACCUCUUCAAUUGGCCCCGAUGUUCCUUUUUCAAGGGACGCAAAUGUAUCCCCCAAAACUCAAAGGUUUGUGCUGUUAAAGUUGAAGGUGUUUUGCAUAGGAUUUUCGUGUAUAUUAGAAACCUAACUUGUGGGUGCACUACAGUAAAUAAUGAUCGUACUUGUAGGAUGUAAAUACCUAUCUUUGUGAAGGGUUUAUUGGUGUU